CCAGUGCGGCUGCCUGUGCCGCCAGCCUCUGGCUUCUUCAGUGACUGCGGAACUUUAUUUUUUGUUGCAGCAGGAGUCUCUCAUGGCUUCCUGGCAGUCCCUCAGCUCCACCCCUGGAGACUGCACAUUCUCUAAGAAGGCCCCCCAGGAAAGAGGAAGGCAAUGGAUGUUGGGCCUCUGCCAUGGGGAGCUCAGAGCAGCAUCAGCCGUCCAAACCAAAUGUAGUCUCUGGACUGGAACAAGAACUGACCCUGAGAAAAGGAGGAUUCCCAGGUUGCAUCUCUCUGGGCCUGGCGCGUUGUCUGUGAGCAGCCUGUGUUCCUGAGAGGAUCUCCUAGGCUGGUUUAUAAAACUUUGUAGGCUGGGAGACAAAACUUGAAACAAGAGAGUCAACUCCAAAGUCCACCAUUACUGAAAUUUUGCCCUAUGGGGUCAUAAUGGACAGGGAAGACCUCUGGCAUUCAGCUUUGGGGGCUGUCUGGGAUCCUACCUGUUGGUUAAAGGGGCAACAGGAGAACUAUCUGGGCCAAGCGACAGUGGCCCAAAAGGAAAUCUAUAAUGAGAAGAAUGUGUGUGGAGGUAAUACAACUGAAAACUGUUCCAUUGAGGGGUCAAUGCUUAAUACACAACAAAGCAUUCCUGUGACACCUUGUAAUUGGAAUUCAUAUGGAAAAGAUUGUAAACAAAAUUCUGAGUUAAUGAAAACUCCAAGAAUGUUUGUACAAAAGAAACUAUAUGGAUGUGAUGAGUGUGGGAAAACCUUCAGUCAGAGUUCAUCCCUGCUUAAGCACCAGAGGAUUCACACUGGGGAGAAACCUUAUACCUGCAAUGUAUGUGACAAGCAUUUCAUCGAACGCUCCUCCCUCACUGUGCAUCAGAGGACUCAUACAGGAGAAAAACCCUACAAAUGUAAUGAGUGUGGGAAAGCCUUUAGUCAGAGUAUGAACCUUACUGUUCAUCAAAGAACUCAUACUGGAGAGAAACCUUAUCAAUGCAAAGAGUGUGGGAAAGCAUUCCGUAAGAAUUCAUCCCUUAUUCAACAUGAAAGGAUUCAUACUGGAGAGAAGCCCUACAAAUGUAAUGAUUGUGGGAAAGCUUUUACACAAAGCAUGAAUCUUACAGUACACCAGAGAACUCAUACUGGAGAAAAACCCUAUGAAUGUAACCAAUGCGGUAAGGCCUUCAGCCAAAGCAUGCAUCUUAUUGUUCAUCAAAGAAGUCACACUGGAGAAAAACCCUAUGAAUGCAGUGAGUGUGGGAAAGCCUUUAGUAAAAGUUCAACUCUCACUCUACAUCAGAGAAAUCACACUGGAGAAAAACCCUACAAAUGUAACAAGUGUGGUAAGUCCUUUAGUCAAAGUACAUACCUUAUAGAACAUCAGAGACUUCACUCUGGAGUGAAACCUUUUGAAUGUAAUCAGUGUGGAAAAGCUUUCAGUAAGAAUUCUUCCCUUACUCAGCAUCGCAGAAUUCACACUGGUGAGAAACCUUAUGAGUGUAUGAUCUGUGGAAAGCAUUUCACUGGAAGAUCAUCCUUAACUGUACACCAAGUUAUACACACUGGAGAAAAGCCCUAUGAGUGCACUGAAUGUGGAAAGGCAUUCAGCCAAAGUGCUUAUCUUAUUGAACAUCAAAGGAUUCAUACUGGUGAAAAACCCUAUGAAUGUGAUCAGUGUGGGAAAGCUUUCAUUAAGAAUUCAUCCCUUAUAGUGCACCAGAGGAUACAUACAGGAGAGAAACCCUAUAAGUGUAAUGAAUGUGGAAAAUCCUUCAGUAGGAGUACAAAUCUUACAAGACAUCAGAGGACUCAUACAUGAGAAAAGUUCUCACCAACUCCUUCAUUUUGUUUAAUCUUUUGAUACUAAUCAGAUGUCACAUUGAUGUAGAUACUUAGUAAAUAUAACUAAUGUGGUAACUUUUUAGUUGAAGAACAAUAUAGCAUUGCAGAUAAUAAAACCAUAGAGCGUAACCAUGUGAAAGUGGAGAACACUUGAUUCAGAUUUGAGUAGCUAAGACAUAAAUGAUGAAGCUCUAUUGUGUCACACUGGGAAAUCUGAUUUGGGCAUCAGAAAGUUCACAUUGAAUGGAUAAUGUGAUAGUGAUUAACUGGACAGACAAAAAAAUCUGAUUCAACCCAGUUCUAACCUCCCAUGAGCCCUUUAUCUAGUAAUGAGAGAUUUGGGAUAUACAAGGUCUGUAGGAUCUGUAUUAUCCAAAAUGCCCAACACGAAGAUGCAGGGAAUUUUUUGGUAAUUGCUGUUGUAUUUGCUAUGGAGAUGCUUUUAUUUCAUAGUAUUUUGGGGGUGUUUUAGGUUAAAGUUUUCUACCUCUGACUCUUACUGUCCUUCAAAUCCCUGAAUUACUAACUCUCUUAAAAUGUAAGCUAGUUGCUACUGGGUGGCAGAUAAAUUGUGCAUAUUUUAAUGCCAUAGCAUGCUGUUUUGAAUUCUCAGCUAAUAGUCAUUAAACUGUUGUUAAAUAAAUUUAUUCUAUUUAGAUCACAAUGUGACUUAAAUAUAAUCUCUAAUUAUCUAGGAAUCAAAUACAUAUCUUUGUGUCUUACUGGACAGUCAUAGAAGUUUAAAUACAGAUGAAUUGAACACUAAUUGUGCUGGACAGUAUUAUGUCAACUUGAUUGUCAACUAGUCAUCUAAGAGGAGGGAAUCUCAAUUAAGAAAAUGCCUUUAUGAGAUUGGGCCAUAGGCAUACCUGCAGGGCAUUUUCCUAAUUAGUGAUUGAUAGAGGAGGAUCCAGCCAUUGUGGGUGGUGCCAUCCCUGGGCUGA